CGGCGCGCGGCGCGGGGCCCCGGCGCCCCGGUCCCUUUAAAUCCGGCCGGCCGGUUGCUAGGCAACGGCGCGGCCCGCGCUGGCGCUGCACUGCAGAGGCUCUAUCCCGCGCCGGCCGGGCCGGGUCGCGGUGGUCAGUGCUGAGCCCAGGGCUGCCGCCCGCCGGUGGUGGCUGGCUUCGGGGAAGAGGGGCCAGGGCCCGCCGGACCGCACCCACGUCUCCAGUUCAAACUGGAGAAGGAGAACAGCGGCAUCUGAUAGAAGACCUUGGACGUCGGAGAGUGAAUUGGACGACGUACCUGGAGAAAUGGACGCUAGAAGAAAACACUGGAAGGAGAAUAUGUUUGCUCCUUUUUUUAGUGCACAGGAUAUUCUAGAUGAGGCUUCUCAGCCUGAAUCUUCUUCUGAACAAACGACUUUAAAUAAGGCCAAUAGAAUAGAAGGAAUUUUUAAUUUGUCUAGUAGAAAGUUUCAAGAAGAAAAUAAAUUUAAGAGGAAAGAAUGUAUUUCCCAACUAAACGAAAAAGAACAAGAACCAAAUUUGAGAGAGAGAAAGAUAAACCUUUCAAAGAAUGAAGCAGACACAAAUUCUGUCUCCUGUGACUCAUCUAAUUUGGAUGUGGUGACCGAAGAAAGCUUUAAUAGCACGGAAGACCGUUCUACCUGGAGUACAAAGGAAUUACCAAUCCUACCACGACCAGACAUAAAGAAAAAAUUUACCGAAGGAAUGUCUCCCAAACUUCGCCUGAAUCUUUUGAAUGAAGAACUGGAAGAACUUAACAUGAAAUGUAGGAAAAUAGAAGAGGAAUUUGAAAAUGCCGAAAAAGAACUUUUGAACUCCAAGAAAGAAGUCCCCGCAAAACCCCUCAAGUUCCAGGAAACAGGGGGAGAAACUUCAAAGAAAGACUGGGAGCUUCAAGCUUUAAGAAAUGACCUCUCCGAAAAAGCGACAAACGUCCAGAACCUAACCGAAGAACUCCAGCAAGCCAAAGAACUCAUCCACAGGCUGAGCCUAGAGAACCGAGAUUUGAAAGAGGCCGUUAGGAAACUCAAGCGGCAGACCGAGAUCGGAAACGCACUCCUGAAGGAAGAGAUGAAACUGUACUAUGAGCUAGAGAUGGAAAAGAUCCGCGGGGAGCUGGACGCCAUCAAGAACGAGCUGAGAGCCGAGAAAACCCUGCAAGCCAGAAACAACAGGGCCCUAGAGUUGCUUAGGAAACACUUCGCUUCUGUGACGUCAUCAAGUACCCUGGACAGCUUGACGGAGGAUUUUUUUUAAAACUCAAAAAAUUAAAAAAAAAAAGCCUUUCAUGAGGCAAAUCAUGGA